AGAGUUAAGUAUAGUGACAACAGAAAUCCAAUAAUUAAAAAAAAAAGAGAAAAAAUAUUCAACGUUUAAAUAUUACAAAGAUCAUGAUCAUAUCGAUAGUAAAGAAAUCACGAAUUAGAAAAAACAAAAUACGUCAUAAUUAAAUGUACACGUUUAUCUUAUUCCUGGGAAAAAAAAUUUGUAGACGAUACUUGAUCAUAGUACAUCGACGACGAUGUGGGAGAGAACGAUACGUAACAACUGUAUUACGUAUGAAUGAAUUGUUGCUCUAUACCACUAAACUCUAACUCUCGUAAAUAAUUGGUCAAUGGUGAGAAUAUGUGUUUUUACUACGUCCAUCAAUCGUGUUUCGCGUUUAUGAGAGCUCAUCGAUGCCGAUCGAACAACGAAUUAUAUAGAAAACAUGCAUAUCAUAGGUUAGAAAGAGAAAGAAGGAAAAAAUGUCGGAACGUGUACGAGGUUAGCCGAAGAUAACGAUACGAAGCUAGAGCCGAGUCUAUAACGAAAUGGACCGAGUUUUCACGAGUAUGAACGAACCGUAGCGAACGCGAAGACACGAUGUAUUAUAAAACAAGGAAGGAGAAGGAACGUCGACGUUAGGAACGACUUUUCGAGAGGAUAGAUUUAAUGGUAGCGUUAUCCACGUGUUGUUUUUCCAAGGCUGCGGCCUUCAGGGCCGUCAUACUUGGUGCCCCUGCUUCCGGAAAAGGUACGAUCUCCUUAAGGAUCAUCGAACAAUUCAACAUAAUACAUAUUUCCAGUGGGGACAAAUUACGUUUGCACGUGAAGAAUGGUACAGAAUUGGGCAAAGAGGUGAAGAAAUAUUUAGACAGUGGAAGUUUCGUGCCAGACAAAACGAUGAUUUCCUUAAUCGAGAAAGAAAUUGAAGUUGUAGGAAAUCGUAAUUGGCUGUUAGACGGAUUCCCAAGAACGUUGACUCAGGCGGAAAUGCUGCAUAGAAUUCAACCGGUGAAUCUUGUCCUGAAUCUAAUCGUACCUACAUCCGUGAUUUUAAAUCGUGUGAAGAAUAGGUGGGUCCAUUUGCCAAGCGGAAGAAUUUACAAUAUAGGAUUUAAUGAUCCCAAAGUACCGGGUAAAGACGAUGUGACUGGUGAACCACUUAGCCAAAGAGAGGACGACAAACCGGAAGUAGUACAUAGAAGAUUAGAAGAAUAUUCUGCAAAGACCAAACCGGUGAUAGACUUUUAUAGUAAUCUUGGAAUACUAAAGAAUUUUCGGGGUAACACUACCGAUAAAAUAUGGCCUUCGAUCAAUGAAUGUAUUGAACAAUUUUUAUAAUAUUCCUUGACACCAAAGAAAAAUGGGACUUUUUAGUGAAAUAAUUGCAUCGAAAAAUGUAGUUUCCAUUACGUUUUAACAUUUUUACAUUCGAUAAAAAAUAUACGCACAUUUGUAAAUAUUUGCCAAUGUAUGUAUGUAUGUAUAUACAUUUAUCAUACGUCUAUGACAAAUUAAUUGUAUUCUCGAUAUUAUAUAUCGUUGAUAAUUAUCGAUAUAAUAUAUAUAUAUAUUUUCAUUUAUGUCACUUAUCAUCUGAUAAUGAACAUAGAUUGAAAGAUGAGAUAAAUAGGUCGUGCGUCGAUAGCAAGUCGUGCGCCUUGACAUUGCCAAAUUUGAUUUAAACACACAAGUACAAGUAGAAAAAUAUUGUCAACUGCGUCAAAACUAGAAUCUUUUUUGUAAGCCUUUUUUUUUAGUUUUAAUUGUAAAUAAACUGAUGAUGAUGACAAUUUUAUAUAUAUAUAUAUAUAUAUAUAUAUAUAUAUAUAUAUAUAUAUAUGUUAUACAUCCGAAUACACAUAUAUAUAUUAUGUAUAUAGCAUUAAAAUUAUUCCUAGUGUGUGUAUGUGUAUGAUGUAUGUAUGUAUGUAUAUAAGUUUUAACACUCGUGUAUUAUUGUAUUCAUGAGAUAUGAUAAAAAUAAAUUUAUAGUUACGUAGAAACUUAAUAUUAUCGACACAACGAGUGCCAUUAAAAAAAUUAGAUAACAAAGUUUAUAUGUCUCGCUCAGUUUUAUUUAUAAUCUUCUUAACAAAUCAUUUCCAAUGAAUAUACAUAUUCAACAGUGUAAUAUAUAUGUAUAUAUAUAUAUACCAUGCACACAGUUUUCUAAUCUCGCGUACAACUUAUCUUUCUCUUUCUCAGCCAUCACCUCAACAUUAUAAAAGAUCAACAGACUCUCCUGAUACAUCAUUUAUUUUCCAUAACGUAAUUACUUAAUCUAUAUACCGAAAUGUGGUACGUGCAAAAUCUUAAUGAAAACUUAAAACUAGUGCUAUGUAUAGAUUAAUUAUCAUAAUGAGUUGACCUAAGCCAAUUUUUAAUUCGAUUAAUGAAUAAAAAUUUGGAAUUAUAGAAAAUAAAUAUAUGAAAUAUCGUCAAUAUGUGAAUUUCUUAAUUAUUGAUGAAUUUCUUUCUAGAUCUUAUUAAUCAUUGACAAACUAUUUUAAAAAUACACUAUAAAUUAUUUAAUGAUUUGAUUUUAAUAAUAAUAAUUAAUCAUUAAUUGUAUUACUUCCAAUGUUGGAAUAAAUAAUAGAUAAUAAAUAAAUAAAUAGUUUUAAAUAGUUGAUAUUUGAGAAAUUACUUAAUAAUCGAUAAAAAAAAGAUAAGAACAAUAAAAGAAAUCAUACAUAUAUAUACAAGUGUAUUUACUUGUGUGGACUUAAAAGCUAAUAUGUAUGUUUCUUGUGUUGCAUUUUACAGGAACAGUUUACUCAAGAAAUUGAGAAACGCUUAUGCAUACAAAUUGCUAUUAAUAGCAAAAUGUAUUCGUACUUGCGAUCUACGCAAGAUUGAGGAUAUCUGUUUAUAACAACGAAAUGAAUAAAUAUUCUCUCAUAUAUUUAAUACAACUUCGAUGAUUAUAAUUCUCCUACAAAAUUAAGUCCUACUUUCGUUGCAAAAAAAAAAAAAAUAAAUAAAAAAAAAACGAAAAUAAGAA